UCCAUCUUCUCCAUAACAUAAUUUUCUCUUUCGGCAAGUAACUCUAGCAAAUUUCCAAAAUGAGUCCAAAUUCCCGACGCUGCCUCAUACUGCUUUUCAUAGCUGUAUCUUUUUUGGCCAUCCGGCUAUUGGACAGUUAUAUACAUCAUAAAGAGCCCUUUCUAACUUCUCAUCGUGACGAAAUCCUGGAGAUCCAAGACGAUUUGGUGCAUCAGGCAGAUAAUUGCACCUUGAAAAAACUGAUGGCGGAUGACUCUGUGGAGUAUCUGCAGAUCAGUUGCCAUGUGGAUAAUCUGCCAGAGGGCUAUGUGCGGAGGCUGAAUCCCGUCGAUUACGGACGCAGUUUCUUCCUGAACCAACGCAUUCCGAAGCCCUCGAAGCGCCAGUGGAAUUUCCGAGUGCCCACAGAUGCCGUGAAUGGCCUGAGCCUGCUGACUUGAUUGAUUCGACUCCACUAGACUGAUAAAGAAAAUGUCAAAAACGA